AUCCCGAUCUCGAUCUCGAUCUCGACCGCUCUCGUCUACCCCUCCGUCUCCCCCUCCGCUUCCGCCUCUUCGUGUUCAGAUGGCACCGACACCCGUCACGAGCCCGGUUCCGAUCCAGUGGUACCCGAUGCUCUCCGCGCUGUUUCUCCUCGUUGGUCUCCUCGUCACUGCAUCCUUCUUCAUCUACGAAGCUACUUCAUCUACCAGGAGCCGCAGCCUGUUGAAGGAGGUUGUGAGUGCCGCCAUGGCAUCCACUUUCUUGGGUUUUGGAUCUCUAUUCCUGCUCCUUGCUACCGGUGUUUAUGUUUGAUUUUAGGUUUGAUAUAUAUCCUCCAAAUUUGUUGUUCACCAGAACAUUCGGACAAGUUCAGCAUGAUUUAGUCGCAUGUAUUUGAAACUGAACGCCUAGUUAAAGAGUAUUUUAGCACAAAGUAAUGCAGCC